GGGCUGCAGAGGCGGGCUGGGUGUCACUGCCCCCCAGGGUCACGCGUGGGUGGGGGGUACCGCGGUUGGGGGGAGCCGCGCCGCCCCCUCACCCGAGGGUCCGGCAGCAGGAGCCCCUAGGCGAGGCAUGGAGCCCCCUCCCGAGAGCCCACGGGAGACCCCGACCAUGGCGGACACUGCUGCCGAGUUCCUGAGUCUCAUCGGGCUGAAGGAGCUGGAGUGGUGCCUGUUUGCUGAGACACUGGCAGUUGUGGCCAUGGGGGCCCCGCCGAGGGACAAGGCAGAGGGCCAGUGGUGGAUGGCAGCCCAGUGGGCACCCUACCAGGGGGAAGGUGAGCCGGUGCAGAGCUGCAUCCUGGUGCAAACCAGGUUCCGAGGCAAGCAGGAUGGUGUGCCUGUCUCCAGCACCCUCAAAGCCUACGUGACCUGGCAGCUGGAGACCUUGGAGCAGGAGGAGCAGGAGUGCCUGGAGCUCAGACCACACCCCACAGAGAAGAGGACCCACGUUGUGAGCCACCAGCAUGGGAUGACUGUCUCGAAGACCCUGCAGGAGGGAGAGGCAGAGCCACAGUGCCAGAGCUUCUGCUACAGCCGGGCCAAGCUGCGGGGGCUGCUGCUGGAGGGUGCCAGCCUCCUGCUGCUGCGGGUGCUGGCACGCCGGCACACAAUGCCCCCCAACCUUGUCUUCCCAGCCAUGGACACCGAGGGCAACCUCUGCACCUCCAGCUACGUGAGCCGCCAGCCAGGAGGGCCUUCUGCCCUGGGCAUCCAGCGGCAGGCAGUGGGCUCGGCAGAGACAGAGGUGUUUGUGAUCGAGCGAGCCGUGCACAGCAGCAGUGGCGCCUCCACUGUGUGGCACAGCAGCUUCCUCCCCAACGGGCAUUUGGCUCAGCUGAUGCAGAUUGGCUCCCCAGUGCUGAUGGUUCUACAGGAUGAGUCCAUCCUCAGCAAGUCAGGUAGGUUCGAGCCCCAGCUCCCCUUCCCCAAAGAGCCCCUGGACUGGGAGGAGGACAUCCAGCUCUACUCCUGGUUCCUGGACAGGAAGGAUGAGCUGCAACUAUCCCAUGCUGCCUACCUCCAGCAGCACCCCGAGGUCCGGGCGCUGCUGUCUGACUUCCUCCAGGCGUUGCUCUUCCAGCAGCCCCAUGACCCCAUCUCCUUUGCUGCAGAAUUCUUCGCCCACCAGCGGCCCAUCGGGAGCCCCUUUGCCUCCACUGGGGCUGCCAGCCCUGUCCCCAGCUCCCCUCCAGCUAACAGCAAAUAAAGCUGCCAGCGCUGCCUGUCCA